AUGAUCUACAAAGCACCCCCAGCACCGUGGAGACAAUGGCUAGCCUUGCUCAGUACCCUAAUUGCGCUUAUCCUGUUUGCACCCUCUGGUGCCACCGCAGCUGCAACACUCAAGGCAACAGGAGAAGCAGAGGCAGCAGCGGGAUCCUCUUCUAGGGAGUCUGAGCACGUUGCUACUGUCGACACAAAGCAUGGACUUGACGCCCUUGACCAAAAACAACAAAAACCACUACAACCUUCGGUUAUUGUCGGCUCUGCUUCUUCUCAAGAACCCAUUGUGCUCUAA